GUUGUCUGGAUUUUAAAUAAAUGUUGAUGUUUUUGAUCAAGUGUUACCAAAAUUGAAAUGUAGGAAAUUUAGAAAGACGGGAAAAUCCCAAAUUGAUGUUUACCUAAAAUGGAGUGCAAAACUGUGCCAAAACGACCGGAAACUCGCAUUGACUUGGUUACUGAAGUAGAGAGAAAAACUGGGACGUUGUGCAGCCGUUUUGGUUUGAAAUGUUGCUUUGGGAUUAUGCUGGUUAUCGUGCUGAUAUAUUGCUUUUACUUGCAUUUAAGCUUUGCAGCUCUUCAGAAACAAAUAAAACAUUUGCAAAUAAAGUCAGAAGAUUUUGAGCAGCCUCUGGCUUUGGGAAAGCGACAUUUGGAAGAUCAAGACGUACAAUCCAGAAGACCACAACGAAGACAUACUAGAAGAAGGAAUAGAAGACAUGAUCUAGAUGAUUUAGAGGAAAAAAUAAAAGAUUUGGCAGAGGUGCCACUUGUACACUUAACAGCACCACAGCCAGAAAGUCAACUGAUUUCAAGACUUGAUCAACACAGAGAUGCAUGUCUUUACAACCAGAAGUGUUUCCUAUGGUCAGAACCACCCAGGGAUUUUCCAUUGAGUUUUCUAUACAUUAGACAAGAAAGUAAGAUAGUUGGAAUAAAUAUAACUAGAGCAGGAUACUACGAAAUAUACUCUCAGAUCAGUGUUGCUGGAUUGAAGAAUGAGGAUAAUUUGCCGGUGUAUCCUUCGUUUGGCUAUGAAACGAUCAGAGUACCUAAUGGAGAAAGUCCUAUAGUCCUGUCUAGAAGUUAUAUUACACAGGAUGAAAGAGGUCAACAUUAUAGUAACAGUGAUGGAUCGAACAGCCGCCCAGUAGACACGUUGAAUCAAAUGGGACACUUUCGUUUGAACUGUAAGGAUGUCAUUUUGGUACGCCUUGUUGAACAAUUAACAGCCGGGAAUAUACAUUUUGCCUCAGAUCCUCAAAGGACAUAUUUUGGUGUAAGACUUGUUCGACCCAAAGGAGUCAAAGACUUUAGCUGUUAUUAAACUCAUAAUGUGUCUGUAGAAAUUGUUACAUAUUUGAUGAGGAUAAUUACUUCUGUUCUUGAGGCAAUACAUGAGUAAAUGUUGAUAACCAACCAAACAUGGGUUUUUUUCAAGAUAUUUUUUUAAUGAGUUUUAAGGAGUAGGUAAACAAAAACACUUUCCUGGUUAUUGUUUAUUUUAACAAAACUUUUGUUUACCAGUUUUGUCAUCAAUUCCCGCUUCUAAAGGGUUUAUCUUAUGUCAUUCAUUACAAAUUGCAAUUUUGACUUCAGAAAGAUAUCAUUACAGGUGUUACGGUUCUGAUUUUAUUGAUAUUUUGAAUUUGCUAAAUAUUUGUACACCUCCUUUAUCUUAUGUAUAAAAUUACAAAACUUAUGUUUAGUUAAUGCCAAUAUUGACCCUUUUUGAUAUUUCAUAUAUAGUGCUAAUAUGUAAAACUUUUUCAUGCUGUAAUUAUUAACCGGGCCGCCAUUAAGAUAUAGUUCACAGUUAAUUAUGUAAAAACAAAACAAAAACAGUUUGUUUGGACAUGAUGAAAAUUAACUGUUAAUAUUUGUAUGUCUUCCUUAAGAUGCUGCUAUAAAAUUAUGUAAGGGUCUAUAAGAAACACAGGAAAUGAAAUUUUAUAAACGUGAAGCCAAUACUAUUUCUUUAUAUUUUUGGGUCAAUUUUUAUACCCUCAUCACCAUACUUUUUAUACUCAUUGUGAUAUUCAUAAAGAAAUUAUCCUUUUUAACAAAAUAUCAGUGUCUAUCAAUUUUCUAAUGUAUAUUUGGUUAUGGUAUUGUGUUUUUAUCGUAGUUAAUAUUGAUAAAACUUGCAAUGAUAUACUAUGACAUGUAAUUUAUGUAAUGUUAUCACUUCAUUUUAAAAAGAUUAAUUCUACUACUGAAUCGAGUUUGGAUACCAUAUUUCUCAAUCAGUUUCAUAUGCGAGGCUUAACGAGAGUUUAAGGAUAAAAACAAUAUAUGUACAUUGUUCGAAAAUAUAAGAUUUAUUUUUAAUUCCUACAAAACCGGAACAAAGCUCGAUGAGCCUCGCUUUUCGUCCUGUUUCAAAAGCUCAUGCAAAUAAGUUUUGUAUUUUCCGACAAUAUAUAUAUAUUGUAUAUAAAACGACUAAACUAUUAUAAUGAAAUUCAACUAAUCAGUAAGAGUUAUAUUUUUGAUUUUGUUAAUUGUGAUUAGUAAAAAGUAAAAUCACAAAAAUACUGAACUCAAAGGAAAAUCAAUUCGGAAAGUCCAUAAUCAAAUGGCCAAAUCAAAUAACAAAACGCAUCAAAAACGAAUGGACAAGAACUGUCAUAUUCCUGACUUGGUACAGGCAUUUUCAAGUGUAGAAAAUGGUGGAUUAAACCUGGUUCUAUAGCGCUAACCCUCUCACUUUAAUAACAGUCUCAUCAAAUUCCGUUAUAUUUACAUGAUGCGUUAAAUAAACAGUCACAAUUAAUAAAAUAGUAAAAAUAUGUGUCAAUUUUCAAAAAAUAGAUGUUCUGGUUUUUUUUUAAGUAAGAUUUGAAGUUUCAAAAUACAUUAUUCUCAUGCCCAUUUACAAGGAGCAAGCGGUUUCUCAAUUUGAUUGGCUACUAUGUCCAUGACAACAUCGUAUAUAGCCGGUCAUAUAUGAUGUUAUAGUGAUGCAAACAUCAUGUUUUUAUGAUUCGAUCCUCAUAGCGUAUUUUUUUCAUAUCAGAAAUAUUACAGCAGGGUUUGAGGGAAAAUAAGUUGCACUGUUUGGAUUUGUUUUUGUUGUUUAUAUCUUAUAUUGUGUUUGUAUAUUUCAAACUUAAUAAAUGGCAAAGUGAACACAAGGGAAAAUGGCAAGUCAAGUAUUUUGUUAUCUUGUUUAAAGAUUGUGUAUAUAUUUAUUAAUAUUAUUGUAUUAUUUGUUUUAAUUGUUGAUGUUUUACUAAUUUGAUUGUCUCAUUCUUUAUCUUAGAACAUAAUCACGUGUUUAAUGAGCCGGUUGAUAAUUGGAGACACGAGGGACAAACCAAUACUUUGACAUUUUGGAAACUGUCGAAGGACAUUUAGUAAUCAGCCAAUUAUCACGUUAACUGUUUUUUAUGACGGGUAUUUUUAACUUUUUUAUUUCUAUAAAUAAAAGUACAGCAAUAUGAUGAA